AUGGGAUCCAGCAACUCCAAAGGCAAAAAAAUCAAUUUUACAAAAUGUAAAAUCGCAUUUUUAGACCAAAACGAAAAAAGAACCUUCAUAAAAGCUCCAAAAACCUAUGAAGAAUUAAAAUCCCAAGUUAUGUCCUUUUUCCCAGAUGGUGAUAUCAUUAUUUCUUACAAUCACCGAGAAGAAGGCAUAAUUCCAAUCACCUGUCAACAAGAAUACAUUGAAGCUAUCGCUUUAAAUCCUAAAACCUUAGAAAUCGAAAUUUCAAUAGUCAUUGCUAAGCAGCCUUCAUUCCAGCUUAGCCCAAGGCGAAAACCUGACAGUCUCAACAACUCUCGGAUUGAGAGAAAACCUGACAGUCUCAACAACUCUCACCUUUAUGAAGUAAACACUCAGUCUCCUAAGACUCUUGCUUUUAUGAAAAGCCCUACCAAGCCUUCUUCCCCUUCUUUAAAGCAUGAUUCCUUCUUUGAUCUCCCACAAAUCUACCAAAUCAACCAUAAUAGUUCUUCUAAUAUCAUAAAACUCCAAGAACUAGAAGAAGUUGAGCCUCCUGAUUUAUUUGGAGUAGACACAAUUGAGGGAAACGAUCUAAAUAUUUUUGACCAAUACGUUGUUAGAGUUUGGGAAGGAUUCUUAAAAGCAGUGAACACAAGGACGCUUGCAGUGAAAAGACUGAAUCAUCCUUUAUAUGAUAUGAAUAGCCGAGCUUCAGUGCUAUCGACAGGAGACAUAAUUAUAACUGGGGGCUCAAAGAGGCCAAAAUCUGUUAUCCAAGUCUCCCUUUCUUCAGAAAAAUUUACAAAACUAAGGGAAAUGAGCUUUCCAAGAAUGAACCAUGCAUCUGUGUGCUUAAAUGACGAAAUUUUUGUAAUUGGCGGAAAACAAAGGGUUCCAAUGAAAGAAUGCGAAGUUUUUUCUGAUGGAAACUGGGAAAAAAUUGAAGACUUAAAUAUUGGAAGAUACGGACACAGUGCUACUGUGUCUGGGACUAAAAUUGUGGUCUGUGGAGGUGUAGGUGAAAAUUCUAUUGAAUUAUACAGCGGAAACCAAUGAAUUUUAAUUUCUUUAAAAAUCUCAAUCCCACUGUCCAAGCCUGGGCUAUUUCCCAUCAAUGACGGAAAUAUUUAUAUAAUUGGAGGCUCAAGUGGCGAAAUUAAAAACAAAAUGUGGAUGAUGGACAUCAGCAAAGAAAUGAUUGCAGAGCUUGAUAAAAUUGAAUUCGCUGACACUUUUACAUGCGAAGCUCUGAAGCGGGAUGACAGAUUUUUGAUUUUAGGAGUCAGGAACGGUUAUGAGUACAAUUUCCGAACAAAAUCAUGGAAAAUAAUUUCUAUAUAA